GAGCUGCUGGUCCCGUACAUGCCCACCAUCAGAGUGCCCAGAAGCGGAGACAGGGUUUUCAAGAGCGAGUGUGCCUUUUCUUUCGACUCUCCCGUAAGUGUUUCUCAUACACCUUCACACCCACCGAGACGUCAGCGGGUUGUUUGGAUAAAACGCACUGACAGCCUGCUUUGGCUUAACGACACACGCGAAUCUCCUGUAGUGUGCGUGUGUGUCUCCAUGACCAUCUUCCCCGCCAGUUUGAAACGAAAUAAGUAAAUGGUGUUUACAUGUCAGGAGAGCGGGAUGGAGGGGCUUCCCUUUGUGCGGGGAGCUCCGUCCAGGCCACACUUCCCGUUUCAGCCGAGCCAAUUAAACCAUUAAACAGACGCGCGAACGCACCUGCUCGAGCUUUGAGUCGACUUAGAAAGCUUUAGCGGCCACUUGAUGGUGUUUACAUAGUCUGAACUGCCUCUAAAACGGAGCUUAAUAGGCCCCAAAUGUCAGUGGCACUUGGCUGAAGGAGUCUGAGGGAGGACUGUAUGUGUGUAUGAACACAUUCCUGGGCUUUGGACGAGAACAUGUAGAGAGACAUUAUCGCAAAACAGGACAGAGUGUUUACAUGCACCUCAAACGACAUGUCAAAGAGAAAGCCACAGGAGCUGCAGGAGGCGCCAUCCCCAGACGAAGAAAUGGAAAAGUGUUUCUAGAUUUAGAGCUAAAUCGUGACUUUAAUGGAGAGGACUAUGAAUAUGAAGACGAGGCCAAGCUUGUCAUUUUUCCGGACCACUUCGAGAUCCCCUUACCAAAUAUUGAGGAGUUGCCCGCUCUGGUGACCAUUGCCUGUGACGCAGUGCUCAAUGCACCAUCUGCUUACAAGAAGCAGGAGCCUGAAUCCUGGGAGGAGGAGAUACAAGUUUCCAAACAUGCCAGGAGCCUCAGACAGCUGGAUAAUGGGGUCCGAAUCCCACCAAGUGGCUGGAAGUGUCAGAAGUGUGAGAUGAGAGAAAACCUGUGGCUGAACCUGACGGAUGGAGCGGUGCUCUGUGGGAAGUGGUUCUUUGAUGGGAGCGGCGGCAAUGGCCACGCGCUGGAGCACUACAGAGAGACCAGCUACCCCCUGGCUGUCAAACUGGACAACAUCACCCCAGAUGGAGCAGAUGUCUAUUCAUUUGAAGAGGAAGAAGCUGUGUUGGACCCCCACAUAUCAGAACACUUGGCACACUUUGGAAUAGACAUGCUACAGAUGCAGAAAAGAACAGAGAACGGGCACCACACAGACAAUAAUGCCCAGCCGCGGGUCAGUGAAUGGGAGGUGAUCCAGGAAUCCGGAAUGAAGCUGAAGGCAGUAUAUGGCUCUGGUUACACAGGCAUCAAAAACCUGGGCAACAGCUGCUACCUCAGCGCAGUAAUGCAGGUCCUCUUCAGCAUCCCAGACUUCCAGAGGAUGUAUGUGGGUAAUCUUCAGAGGAUAUUUGACUAUUCGCCCCUUGACCCCACCCAGGACUUCGCCACACAAAUGGCUAAACUGGGACAUGGACUGCUCUCAGGCCAGUACUCCAAACCACCCAUGAAAUCUGAGCUCAUUGAACAGGUGAUGAAAGAAGAAUACAAGGUAUUAAACUGGCACCAGCAGAAGGGUGUCUCUCCCCGGAUGCUGAAGGCCCUGGUCAGCAGAGGACAUCCAGAGUUUUCUUCAAACAGACAACAAGAUGCCCACGAGCUCCUCCUGCACAUCCUCAACCUGGUGGAGAGGAAUAGCACAGGCUCAGAGAAUCCGAGUGACGUCUUCCGGUUCCUGGUGGAAGAGCGAGUUCAGUGCUGCCAGAGUCGUCGGGUGCGUUACACUCAGCGGGUGGACUACUGCAUCCAGCUGCCAGUGCCCAAGGCCGCCACCAAUCGAGAGGAGUUGCUGGCAUAUGAGGUCAAGCGGAAGGAAGCGGAGGAGAACAUGCGGGCUCCUCCUGAACCAGUGAAAGCACGGAUCCCCUUCACCGCCUGCCUGCAAGCCUUCACAGAACCGGAGAACGUCCCAGACUUCUGGAGCUCAGCACUGCAAGCCAAGUCAGCCGGAAUCAAAACUUCCCGUUUUGCCUCCUUCCCAGAGUAUCUGAUAGUACAGAUAAAGAAAUUCACAUUCGGGGUUGACUGGGUGCCAAAGAAACUAGACCUGGCCAUAGAUGUUCCGGAUUUCCUGGACCUGAACCGACUGCGGGCCACAGGGCUGCAGGCGGGUGAAGAGGAGCUGCCUGAUCUUAUGCCUCCCAUUGUGCUGCCUGAAGACACCAGAGAUAACUCUAUGAGCUCUUUAGACUCCCCAGAAAUAGACGAGGCCGCGGUGAUGCAGCUGGCAGAGAUGGGCUUUCCACUGGAGGCUUGUAGGAAGGCUGUCUACUACACAGGCAACAUGGGCCCCGAGAUGGCCUUCAACUGGAUCAUAGCCCACAUGGAGGAGCCUGACUUUGCAGAACCUCUCACUCUGCCCUCCAUGAUGGAUCCUGGUCCCUCCGCUAGUGACAGCCCCAUGGGUGCCACCCCGAUGGGCAACUCACCUCCUGAGGAGAGCGUUGCCAUCCUCACUUCAAUGGGCUUCCCUCGUUCUCACAGCAUUAAGGCACUGAAAUCCACGAACAACAACCUUGAACGAGCGCUCGACUGGAUCUUCACCCACCCAGAGGAGGAGGAGAGUGAUGCCCUGUCAGACAUGGCUGACACAGAGCCCAACGACAACGCUUUCUCCAAUGCCACCUCACACAGUGACUCCAUGAUGUCGCCAGACAGAGACACGUCAGGCCCGCGAGUCAAAGAUGGACCGGGACGUUAUGAGCUCCUUGCCUUUAUCAGCCACAUGGGAGCUUCCACAAUGUCUGGACAUUAUGUUUGUCACAUCAAAAAGGAGGGAAGGUGGGUGAUCUACAAUGACCACAAAGUGUGUUUGUCAGAAAGGCCUCCAAAAGACUUGGGCUACAUCUACUUUUACCAUCGACUGUCUAGCAGUUAAACUCCCAUGCCCUCCACCCUGCAGCCUUUGAAAGAAGCACAGCCUUUCACUCAGAAGACUGGCAGACAAGUGCAAUAACAGCCACAGUGGAAAUAACUUCUCAGACCAGCUGCUUGCCUUAUCGUGAUGUCAUUCAGGAGCAACCAGGAACACUAGUCAGAAAGGGAAAGCAAUGUGCUUUUUGUGAGUUUGUGUUACAUUAUGCUUUAAAUGUAUAUUUCAGUGUUUUAUUUAAAAAAAUCAGAGGGAUGUGUGCAAUUUCCACUAAUGUACUGCUUUGUACACAAAAUAACAUCACAUAUCAUAUAUGUUCCUCCUCUAUGCCUUCAGCCACCAGUAUUUUCAAAGUGGUACAUUUUCUAAACAUAUUUUGAAACGGCAGUGCUCUGAAACUGCAACAGCAAACACAAACAUUUGAUGAGAAAUGUCCUACACUGUGGUAGUCUGGCCAAGUUGUCAAUAUAGUCAAUAUUUCCUUCCCUGAAAGCACUUUUUGACUAAAAUUUGUUUUGAUUUUGCACCAGAUGCAGUAGAAGUGGACUUGUUAUUCACCAGCAAUUGAAUGUGAUAUCUUAAAUUUCAACUUCAGUACCGCUGAACCUGUUAAACCUCAAAGUGGCCAUUAGUCUAUGAAGAGAUUGCAUUAAACUGAUGCAUGAUAGAAGCAAAGCCUAUUUAUGACCAAAUCAUGUCAUAUAGAAGUCCUCUAUCCUGCAGUGAAUUUCUUUUAUUUUUGCCCAAAUUGCAAAAUAUUAGCAUAGCAGCUACAGAAAUAAAAUAAAAACCCUUUGCCAGCUGCAGCCAGCUCACUGUUGUUCCUUUAUGAAUAUGACAGAUUCACUUUGAACCAAAAGGUAGAAUGAAAAUUUCCCAUGACCUGCCACCAGCUUUCUACAGGUCAGUUAAAUGUUUUAUGCAUCAGAGCUGUUUUGACAUCUAAAGCGGUAUGCACUGCAAUCAAAUCUACUCUUAAGCCUUCUGCGUAUGAUGAGAGCUGCACAGCGACUUUGCCUCCUCUAAAAUGUCCUCUCUUGUACUUGUGACAGACACAGUGCAGUGCUCAAUGUACAGCUUCAUGGUGCUCCACAGCCUUGUCUUCGGCUUUAAUACUGACAAAUCACAGUGAAUGUAGGACUGGCCCUUUGCUGUUUGGUCACGAUCAUGUCAUUGGAUUAUCCACCACCUCUAUGUUAAAUGUGCAGGAGAAUGUAUGUGCUCACAUGAAUUUACAGCCUCUUGACUGUCAAUAGCAUCUCAGUAUGCUACAUGAAACUGGACUUUAGUCUGAUGCAUCUCAAAAUGUUAGUGUAAUAUUACAAAGUACUGGAUUUUUGUUGGUGACAUGGACAGUUAAGUCCUUGGCAUGUGGUGAAACUGUAUUUUACUCAGUGGUGCACUUUUAGGUGCAUAUUUAAAGGGGAGUUCAGCUAAUAAUUGACUUAUUCUGCCUUCCUAAAAUGUUCAUCCAUCUGGUUUUUACCUCCCAUAUUCAAGGUGAGAACAGUCCUUUGUCAGUAAAUUGGCAUUAAGAGGAUCGAAUGGGUUUGAAAAAUAGACAAACAUAAACUUUAAAAGUGACUGGAAUAUAAUUGUCCUUAAAAAUGUCUUCCAACAAUCAGGCUUUCAAGAACAGUCUUUCUUUGAGGGCUAAUGACUUCAUAGACCAAAAAAAAGUAUAUUGAGGUAUUCAGAUAAGCAUUUACUUUACAAAAUAAAUGCAUAUCUUAGCACUUUGGUGAGCAGAGUGUCAGUCUUAUUAAAUCUUGACCUCUCAUCCUCAUCAGAUGCUACCUGAUAAAAUGCUGCAGUGUUCAUCGUCUAUGCAGCUCUCUAUGCAAGUCCAGUGUUUCUGCAGUUCUUCCUAUAAAAAAAGUAAUUUUUUUUCUCAGAAACCAAAUCGGUUCUCAUCAGUAGAUAGGUGGUAAAGUUGUCUUGUUAAGCAAUGUCUUCAGAUAUUCUGACCAGUUCUCCCUCAUUCUCCUGAUGAUGUUGCAUUUAGUAGUUUUGCCUUUUUGCUUCACCUUUCCCUCCAGCUUGGUCUCUUCCAUUCUUUUCCUUUACAUUGUCAAAAUGUAGCAGCUCAGCUGUCACUCAGAGGCGUUUUCACUGUCAGCAUGUGCACGAGACAUUGACAUUUAGUCAUCUGGGUUGUACAAUUAUACUUUUGUGAGUUUUAUUCUCUUUUUUUUUUCAUUUAUCUGAAUGUCAGAAAGGUUCUUCAUCUGUUUUUACUCUGUUGCCUUUUUGCAAACAAGUUUGUGCCAGUUGUGUAGUUUUCAUUACAUAGUUUCCCUGAAGAGAUGAUUUUAAGUUGACUUUUGUAAUGUGUUUAUCCAAAUAUGGCUUAGCUGUAUGUGAAUAGAGUCAUGACAGUACAGUAUACCCAGUGGCACUGUUUACUUACAAUGUUUGGAUAAUUUAAUAAACUACACCUUUGUUGAGACUUGG